GAAGUUACAGUGAACGGUGUAGAGAUCACACUCCCAAAGAAGUAUAAUACUAUAGAGAUUGCAAGAGCUGGGCUUUUUGUCGUGAUCACAACUGAAAUUGGUCUAACAGUAAUAUGGGAUGGAGCUACUCGUGUAUACAUUAAAGUAAAACCUGAGUACAGUGGACGACUGGUGGGUAUGUGCGGCAACUACGAUGGUAACAGGGAAAACGACUUUAAAACACGAAGUGGAAUAGUGGAACAAGUAUCCGAUAACUUCGGCAAUAGUUGGAAAUUAUCUGACUCAUGUGGUGAUGUCAACAAUGCAGAAACUCUUAACCCUUGUAAGGAAAACCCUUGGAGAGCUACGUGGGCUCAGAAAAGAUGUAGUAUACUUCGGCAUCAAGUGUUUGAACCCUGUCACGCCCUUGCUGAUCCGGAACCAUUUGUGAAAUGGUGUCAAUUUGAUGCAUGUGGAUGUGACUCUGGUGGUGACUGUGAAUGUUUGUGUACUGCCAUAGCAGCAUAUGGUGAAGAAUGUAACAGAAAAGGUGUUUACAUUAAGUGGAGAACACAGGAACUAUGUCAGAAAACAUGCUUGCCUGGAGAAUUCACAUGCGGCAACGGACGUUGCAUUCCUGGUCGCUGGGUCUGUGAUGGUGGCAACGACUGCCACGAUGGAAGUGACGAAACAGAGUGUGUGCACACAUGUGAGGAAAACCAAUUUACAUGUACAUCUGGGGAUUGUGUAGCACAGAACUUUCGAUGUGAUGGAUUACCAGACUGUAAUGAUCACUCGGAUGAGUAUGGCUGUGGUCCUCCAAAGUGUGGAAAAGGUGAAUUUCAGUGUCCUGAUUCUAAGAAAUGCAUUGCAAGAAUAUUUUUAUGUGACCAUGACUAUGACUGUGGGGCUGAUGACCACGCUGAUGAAGAAGACUGCAAGUUCUGUGAUGUCAGAGAAUUUUCCUGUGAUACCGGUCCUUGUCUUCCUGCCAUACAUCAGUGUGACGGUCAUGACGACUGUGGAGAUGGAAGUGAUGAAUAUGGAUGUAAUUGCACCUGCCCUCACGAGUUCACUUGUCGAGAUUGCUCUGAUUGUUUACCAAUACAUGACAUUUGCGAUGGUAUCGAGCAGUGUGCAGAUGGUUCAGAUGAAGAAAUGUGUG